CGUUGACGUUGCCCGUAGUUCGUGCGGCUUUGCAAGGUGCCACAAGCACAAAGAGAACGCAGUGAACCUUCGGCUUGAGACUUACCCGUGUUUUCCUCAUGGACCCCUUCGACAGCAAGUCAUUAGGCAGUAACUGUCAGUACUACUACGACCAUACAUGCUAUCUCGCUCGAGGAACUUUUGGCGUGGUGUAUCGCGCAAGAAUUACGGAACGCGGGGAUUUUGCAGCCGAAGACCACCAUGUCGCAGUAAAGGUCAGCCAUUUGGACAGCGAGCCGGAAUUGUUCGGCGGGGUCAACAGCUGGUUCAGUCUGAUGCGGCGUUGGGAAAAAAUGUUGGCGUUCAAACACGAUCAUCUGGUCAACUACCAUAAAGUCUCCAUUUUCCGGGGUAUCGGUGCACCAGCUAUUGAAUUCAUGAUGGAUUUUUGCAAUGGCGGAGACCUGGUUUCAUUGUUAAAGAAACACAAAAAGGACGGCCCUGUUCUGCAUCCAUCAACGGUCAUCUGUUACGGAGCACAGAUUUCGGAAGGUGUCAGGUUUCUGGACCAGAACCACAUCAUCCAUGGCGACCUAAAACCGGGUAAUGUCCUCGUCAAGUACCGCAAUAACCACCACCACCAAAUGAUGAUCGGGGAUCUGGAUGAUCUCGUCCAAAUGCAGCGCACCGUCACCACGUCCUCCGACAUCGAGCAUCUGCGUGGUACCAUCAUGUACAUGUCACCCGAAAUGCUCAGGAAAUUCUCACUGGUUACCGAGGACGUGCCGGGACGGAAGACGGACAUCUGGAGUCUAGGCUGCAUCACCCACGAUUUGGCUGACGAGUGCUACGGCAUCGCCGAGCGGGUCCUGCACAAUACGGCGACCGUGGUACCCGAUUAUGUAUCACUAUCACAACAUACGAGCGCCAGUAUGAUCGCAGGGAAAAUCAUCGACGGUUAUGUGCCGCUCGUCAGCGACAAAGUUCCUCUCGUAUUUUCUGGCGUGAUACAGAAAUGUUUUGUUAUCGAAAGCAAGGAAAGACCAUCUGCUGGUGUUUUAAAGAGCAUGCUAUUCGAAGCAGCGACACAGUUGGUGUCGACUCAUUCGGCUGAAAUUACGGGCAUACCAGAGAACUGCAAAUUCCGGCACUCGUUUUUACUCCAUACAACCAGUACGGAUGCUAUUCUUCCCACCAUACACCACGAGAUGAGUGAGUUAUCCUUCUUUCCAACAAAUUCUGCUUUUGAUAACAGUGCAGUCCAAAAUUCCCUCCAAGAUCCUGGUGCAGUUAAAUUGUCAUCCCCGCCAGUUGUUACGGUACGACGAGCUCACAGUGAUCGUGGCCGCUCAUUCGUCAGCCACUGUGUCGACAAACUGAAGAGUUCAGCACAUUCUGACCAUCCGGUUUCACAGCAUACUGUGUUGUCGAGUCAAGUGUUGUCGAGUCAACUUGGCGCCUUUUCGUACACGGUCGUCGUGGAUCUUUAGUGAGCCACUGUCUGGCAAGAAUGAAGGCAGGUACCAAGCAUUCAGACUUCAACAGCAAUGGACACUUGCUAACUUUACCGACACAGCGUUUGUCGUCAUCUUUGUCCAGUCUGCCAGUACCAAGCUCGAAUUUUGGUUCAACUACUCCAGUUUAUGAAAAAGGUCAGGAUGUUCAUCUUUAUGGUACGGAUUCGGCCGUCCACCGAAACGCUCAAGAAAAUGUGCCGUGGCAGCAGAAUGCGAACGAAGGGCUGGCAGAACCACCACAAUCUUCGUCUCCAUUGAUCGACGGCUCAAAGGAAGCCGGACAGUUUUUCUUUACUAGCAGCAUUACGAAAAUGAAGUCGACAAUUCUGGGGCAUGCUGCCGGACACUACCAACCCUUGCGCUUGAGCGCUAUCAGUAAUACCCUGCAAAGAGGGUCUGCUGCCGUUGCGCGUCUCUUUACUCAGGAAAGCCAAAGCACUAUACAGGGAGCAUUCGCUGAGCAGAAUAAGACAUUUCACGAGCGAAACAACGCUCUGGCAAAUGAUAGCGGGAGGGUACUGUCGUUUGAUAUGGCCUUGGCUGAUUAAUUGGCGCUUGUUUAGUCAGCUUUAGUGCUUGCGAUAAGAAAGAUCGUUUUUCUUAUAUAUUUUUACCGACUGUUUAU